GCAUUGGCAUCGAAGAUCUGACCGGUAUCCCUCUAUUGGCUGUUCUAACUCUUGUUUUGUGUAAUAGUGGGUUGUUCGUUUUGGAAGUUUCAGUUAUUUCAGACCCAAGUGGGCCAAUUUAAUUUGACCAUUUAUUAUCUUUAUUUUUAAGCUUCUUGUUAAAUUUACACGUUCUAAAAAGGGAAUAAUACUUCUAAGAAGAUGUCAGACGAUAAGAAGGAAGUAAAAGCUGGUGAUUCGGAACAUAUUAAUCUUAAAGUCAUGGGACAGGAUAAUGCUAUUGUGCAGUUCAAAAUCAAAAAACAUACUCCCCUUAGGAAAUUAAUGAAUGCUUAUUGUGACAGAGCAGGUCUGGCUAUGGCUGCUGUUCGAUUUAGAUUUGAUGGACAACCAAUUAAUGAGGCUGAUACCCCAUUAAGUUUGGAAAUGGAAGAAGGUGAUACGAUAGAAGUGUAUCAACAACAAACGGGUGGUAAAUUCGAUGAGUUUUAACUUCAUGUUCUUUUGUUCCUCCCUCACAUGUAAAUUUCAACUAUAAAAAAUAUACAUAAAGAUUAUAUUUCUGACAGGUUGUUAUUAUUGAGAAACUUUUCUAUUAGAAAUUUUCUCUCAUGAUAUUUUAUUAUGCUUUUAUCAAUAUUACCUGAACAGUUUGUUUCAAUGAAUAUUUGUCUCGAGACUUAAAAGUUAUGUGUAAUCUGAUUAUCAAGGCAAUUUUGUAUUAGUUUGUUUAUUAUAUAGCUUAAUAAGUUAAUAAAGUUUGUAAAUAAUUUGUCAUUUUUUUAAUUAUCAAUUUCCUUAUUAAAAUACUUUUUGUUGAAACAACAGUUUUAAGUUGAUGUGUUCUGUUUUGUGAGGGUUGGUUACACAAAUUUUUAAAGAUCAUUUGUUUACCUAGCUGUAAUUAUGUGUAGGACACUAAUACCUUCUUUUUGUAAUGAAUGACUUCUAUGUUGUCUGUGUUAUAUGUUGUGUUUUAUAUCUGGUAUGUUCAAGUUGGUCAUCGCAGACCAAGAUGGUAUAGUGUACUAUAUCUACUUUUGUAUUAGACCUAUAAUUAUAAUUUAAGUUAUUUUAUUAGAUUUAUAAUGACACUGUUCUAUUUAAAAACUGUAAAAAAUGACCAUUUAUUUAUAUAAGAUUUGAAUAAUUCAUCAAAUAUAUUUCAUACCAGGAAAUUCGCAAGUGUUUUAUCUAAUACAAAACUUAAUUAUCACCUUAUAAUAAAAUGAAAUAAUGACUUGUGUAAAUAUCUUGGCUUCGGUGUAGUAACUAUAUGAAGUAGUGCCAGAUUUAUGAGUCAUUUUUUUUUUUUUUUGGUUGUUUUAAAGUAAAGUUUAUGUUGCUUUUAGCUAUUAUGGUCACAAUUUAAUGAUAAGAUGAUGCUAUAAGUUUUAAAUUCAAUGAUUCUGAAGAAUUGCCAAUAACAUACUUAAAAAUUUAAUUGAAAGAAAUGUAUUGAACAUAAUAAACUGUUAAUGAUUAGUAA